AUUACUUUGAGCAUUACAAAAUUGCAAUAUUUAGUACUGAGCAGUCAAACUAAAGUGUAACUAUGGAAAUCGCCUUAUUUACUGUCGGCAUUCUUCAAGUUUGUUUUAUACUAAAUUUCAGCUUGAAUAAUGCAGCUCAAGUUAAGUUUACGAAUGUAGUCUGCAACUCAUAUAAUAAAUCGUGGAUGCUAAUACACAGGUGUCAUUUGAAAGCUAUUAAUCGGAACAAGACUGUUCUAAAUUUUAAUGGAACCGUUUUGCAUCCUGCUAAUGAUAUAACUGUGGAAUCGCAGUUUUCUCUUAAAGCAAAUGGCUAUAAGCCUUGGCUUUAUAAGCCAAAAUUUGAUGUCUGUCGGUUUCUUAAGAAGCCAUAUAAUCCUAUUGUAAUAUUGGCUUACAACUUGGUUAAGAACUUUACUAAUUUUAAUCAUACGUGUCCUUAUGUGGGCUCGCAAAUUGUUGAUGGGCUUCAUAUACUUUAUGACACUGUGCCCGUUCCUUGGCCGUCUGGUGAAUUUUUACUGGAAAUCGAUUGGUUAUUCGAAAAGCGUCUUCAGUUUUCUACAAAUGUAUAUUUUACUGUUGUAGAAUAAGAUUUAAAUAUGAGUUCCGAUUGGUUUUAAAUAAACG